CUGAGUUUUUAUAUCAAUUUGCGCCGAAUUUUGGAGAGGAUGGUGCCCCGUUGACACUUUCUAUCGAUUUAAGCAAUAUCUAUUGCACCGAUUUGGUACACAUAUCAAGAGUUAACUGUUCAUACAAACGACUUCAGGAUGGAACACCCUACCAAUCGCAGGGAAAACAAGGAAUCUUCCAUCCAUAAUGCCAAUCCUGUCCCAGGAGUUGAGUCAGAUGUUGAGUCAGAUGUGAAAUCCUCCGACACUGCACGCGAAAAGCAUGAACGCCAGCCUGAAUUAACUGACGGUGUUGUGGGCUGGGAUUCUGAAGACGACGCAGAAAACCCUCUGAACUGGAGCUCCCGUAAGAAAUGGGUACACCUUUCUAUUAUGGCAUUAAUGACUUUCAUGGUGUAUGUCGUUCCUGUUAUCGGGCCGAUUUUGUUUUUAAUGUACGGUAUAACUGAUCAUUAG